UCAGUCUUCAUCUCAGGCUGAAACCUCCGUUUCUCGGAGCCCCAUCGGACAAUUCUCCGUAGCCUUUCGAAUUUUGGUUCGGUUUGGCCAAGAAAGUGAGAUUUUAGCUCCCAAUUCUCUCUAUCUCUCUGUGUCGGGGGUACUGUUUAGCGUCCGUAGCUGUUGGUGUGUCCAUGGCUUCUUUAGAGAAGAGAGGAAAUUGGAGGGUUCGGUGGCUGAUUCUUCGAAGAUUCUGUGAAUUUUUAUCUCAGUUUUGGAGCCUUCCUUGUUUGGAGGCUCAAUCUGAUUCGGGUUGGGUAGUGAAUUGGGCCGGGUUGGGAAAGUGGCAAUUCCUUCGGCGGAGAUGAGGAGGACGACGAGGGUUGUGGGGGCGAGGGUUUUGAAGUCCGGUCGGCGGCUUUUGGGGAGCAAGAACUCGAAUGGAGAGGAGUGGGGUGAGCUUUCUGACAAUUCUGGUGGCAGUGGGGGCGAAGACGAAGACGAUGACGAUCUAACUCAUUGCAAGCUAAGUGGGUGGCGACCUGCUCUUGCUGUGAAGCCAGAGGUGGAAGAAGCCGACAUUGGUGAUGAGUUGCCGAAGCCCAAAUCGGUCGGAAGUGUCCGUGAUGAUGACACUGGUGUAGAUAGGAUGUGGGGUUCGUUUUACCGCAGGAAAAGGAAGAGGAUGGACUCAAAAGGUUUUGAUUUUGAAGGUGGCUCCGGGGAGAAGAUGGCUUUGGUAGAUAAGAGGUUAGGGAAAAAUUUUGAUCGGAGGAAGAAGAAGGACAGUACUGGGCAGCAGGCUUCUGUCACAACUCACGAGUCAAGUGCUUGCUGCUGUUAUCGAAUUGCCGUCUCAUGGUUACACGAGUUGGUUUUCUUGCAUUCUGAGUUUAGUUUUUGGAUACGUGAGGAAGGCCAAACUGAGGUUGCUUCAUCUUUCUGGGUUUCUGCUAUCUGAACCUCUUGUUUGUGUUUUCUCAUCCCAUGGUAUUAGUUUUUUGCCGGAUUCUUCUUACAUCAAAAGCUCUGGAAUUUGCACAAUUUUUGAAGCCAAGUGUUUCAUACCAUUGUUUGCUGUGGAUUUUUGUGCAGUUCCGGGCUGCUUUCUGCAUUUGCAUUUCACCCUGCUUCUUAGAUCUGCA